AAUCAAGCAUUUGCAUUCUUAGACCACACUUACACCGUCGCAACGGUCUGGUAUGGCAUCAACAACUACCUAGCGACACAGUCCCGGUCUCUGACUCUGUCAUUCUUUCCCUCGUCUCAGCAUCAGUGGCGUUAGCAUGUUCGCCCGACCAUAUGUCGGAUCCAUGACUUUUUGGCCCUCGGUGGCUAGGUUCCCGAAACAGCCCCGAAGCCAAUUUUUGCAAGCUUCACCUCUCGCAGGCGCGCUUCGACGCAAAGACUUUCUCUCCUCCCAUGCUUUUCUAGCGCAGAAGCAAGCCAGGAACGGCGAAAAUGCAGAAGAGCAGUUUCAUCUCGAGGGUCAGAAGCAGCGAAAGAGGAGCAGCCGGACGCCUGCGGCACAGACAUCGCUGCGGCGAGUUGCGGUUGAGGCGCAAAGGUCAAAGGACGGGAUUCUGUCGAAAGCUCAGCUCAAGGAGCAAGGCUUAUACAAGACUAAGACAAUAACCGCAUACGCCGUUGCCGAGCAGUUCGACAUUCACCAAGUCCGAGAGAUUCUACAAUUGAAAGGCUAUGAGCCGGACCCCUACGAGACCGGUCUCUACCCGCAGGUGGUGCAUGUCCAGGUCCCGCUGGACUCGAUCCGCCGCGUGAGCAACCCCAAUGCGUCCGACCUCCCACCGGACGAGGUCGGGGAUCUGUUCGUCUUUCCGUCCGGCACGGUGGUUGCCUGGUCGCUCCCGGAGGCGUUCACAUCCUUCCUGGCCACGCGGACGCUGCUCCCGGCUGCGCGGGGCGCCCACGUGGACGACCUGGAGACGGAGGACCUCGAAUACGUAGAGGAUCCGCAGCGGGAGAACAGCAGCAUCAAGGGCGACACCAUCGUGCUGGGGACGAAGCCGAGCUUCAGUUUCAGUGCACUGCCGGACGAAACCUUCCCGGCCUCCUCGCGGCAGUCGGUGGACACGGUGCUGACCAAAGUGGCCUUCUCGUCUGGGCUGGCGCGGAGCACGAAGCUGGCCGUGCUCGAGUCCCUGCUCUCCAACUACUUCGAGUCCACCCGCACCAUCCCCACGCUGCUCUCGCAGGGCUCGCGGCUGCCGUUCACCCGCGACUUCAUCCUCCGCAAGACGGGCCAGCUCCUCAGCGUGCGCGCGCAGCUGAACCUCUACUCCGAGCUGACCGAUUCCCUGCCCGAUAUCUUCUGGGACAGCCGACACGAACUGGGUCUGGAGGGGUACUAUGAGCAGGUCGGGCGAGCGCUCGACGUGGGGAUCCGCAUCAAGUUGCUGAACGAGAAGAUGGACUACGCGCAGGAGAUCGCCAGCGUGCUGCGCGAGCGGCUCAGUGAGACGCACGGCCUGCGGUUGGAAUGGAUCAUCAUCUUGCUCAUCGCCGUCGAAGUGGGGUUUGAGGUCCUCCGGCUGUGGAAGGAGCGCGUGCACGAGCAGGAGAAGGCGAAUUCAUCCAAUGAAGCCGUCUCGGACUAGUGAGCAAACAGAUCCCAACCCAUGUACUGUAUAUAUAUUUACCCGGCAACUCGACUACUUAUGAUACCCUCAAUGCGGAAUCCACUCUCGUUUUACAAUUUGGCAAACAUAGCUCAUGACACUUUCCACCGAAUUCGCGCAAACUACACAAGUAAAUUGGAGCACACAGCAAUUUUGUUAUUGCAAAGAAUCGUAG